GACGGAUACUGCCAACGCAGACGCGGUGAAGACGGUGGAAACAACGGCGCAGAAAUACUUGUCCGUCUCUAAAGUCGACAAGAAUAACGCCACAAGUGUCCCCCUUAACGCCGUUUCAGCGUCAAAGAAGACUGAAAUCGAGACUUCGUCGAGAAUGUCUGCGCAAUCUGUGCUGAGUAAUGACGUGGGAGAGAGCGUAAAGAGGACGAUGACGAGUAAAAGCGAUUGUGCGAAACAAGACCAAGGAAAAGAAGAGAGGGUCGAGCACGUCUCGUUGACGCCUUCGAAGAACGAGGCGACACUGGAGAGUGUUCGACCGAUGAAUGUCGACGACAAGAGUGUCAACGGUGUUGGUGGCGGUAAGGAAGCUCCGUCGUCGCAGGUACGAGAGAUCGAAGGAGAAUGCGAGGGCGCGGAACGGAAGAAGUUCUGUUUCGACAGCAGCCGCGAGCUCGCGGGCGAACCGGAUGGUAAAGCGGAUGAGGAAGUGACGGAACCACCAGCGUUGCCCACGAGUCCACCGCCGAUCAUAACCACAGAACCGAGGCCCUCUUUCUUACACGGUAGCGUGAAUGCCGACUUGAAGACGAAGCCGGCCAUACCGCAGAAACCGGCGACCUUUUCCGCGAAGGCGAGCUUAAACGAUGGUCCGCUCACAGUGAGGAAAAUUCCCAACGGCGAUUAUGUAUUACCGCCUCCCUCGGUUCAAACCGUUGUCAGCAGAUCCGCUCAAAAUCUAGGUAUGCAGGAUAUGAGCUCUCGAUGUUCAACGAAGAAGAACGUUACGAACGAGAUUUUAUCGGAACCCGAUCAAGUCCUACCAACAGCUCAAACCUCAGAAUCCGGAUAUCAAGCGAAAACUCCGUUAAAGUCCUCUCUCUCGCCGUUGUUCACUUCCGUAACUACACCGCCAGUUUUAAGAAAUUAUCCGAUGAGUAACGAAGAAAUGGAAGAGAACGUUAUGCUAGAUGAGGAAUUUCCCGAAAUUACUCCGGUUUCCAUCUCUACAAUGGAGCUCAUACGUUCGCCGAACAAGAGAAAGAUGGCUCCGCGACCGCCGGAAUCCAUGGAGGAUCUCAUGCCAGUCUCCUCUCUGUUCGCCAGAAAUCCGGGAGCGAAUCUGAAGUCUGAUUCCCCGGUCGUUCGCGAAAAAGAGAAGCGAGAGAGAUCGUCCUCGUGCAGUCCGAAGUUUCGUAAGGCGGUCUGCGAUCUGCCGGACCCGACGAACGAGAUUACCAAACAGCCGAUCGAGCCCGUGCCUAGGAGAACGAUAUCUCUGUCACAAGACAGCUUGACGACGGAAAAGGACGUGCGGGAGGAAAAGAAGAGGGGUAGAAACCGAAGAGGUUUCUCUCUCAAAAGGUUCCUGCGAAUGGGCACGAGGAAGGACAUGGAUAUGAUUACCGGGCAAACGUCAGGCGCGAAGACCGACGAAAUACCGUCGACGCCGCAACCGAAACUACGAUUAGAAAUAAUCCAUCCGUUGGAGUUGGACGGUGCCGCGGUCGAGGUAGUGGGAAAUGAUAGGAUUAUCGCCAGGAUGAACGAGGACCAAACGGAUUCCUGCACUGUCAAAAACGAUGGCUCCAGGAUGGUGCGGUUGCCUCCAGCGAUCGCGGCGAGGCCUGGCAAACCACCCCCGCCGCCAAGGAAUCAAUCCCUCGAGGAUUGGGCGAGAUUGGAUUCGGCGAACAAGCCAGUCAGACCGCCGCCACCUCGUGCGGAGAUCAAAUUGAACGUCGCUUCCAGAAACGAAAAGACGUCGAAAGCCACUUGGAGGCCGUCGACGACCUCGGAUUCAAUUUACGCGAAUCUGGCAGCGGAGGAUGUUACAGGUGAGGUGCGCAGCGCCCUGACACCCUCGAAACCCCAAAGAACUGCCAGCAUGAGAGAUCGAGCAGUUUCCCAACCCGUCACGAAAAGGUCACUGGCUGAAGAUCAGCACCGGGAUUACGAUCGGCUCGCCGCUGCACGACCCACUUCCGAGUCGCCGACAUCCAACGACAGUCACAUGUACGAGUGCCUCUCUAGUUCGCCCGAGUGCGAUUCGAAUCUUGAGCUGCGACACGGAAGCGGAAACGGAUUCCGCGCCGCAUGCAAAAGGAAGUCCGACAGCAGUGCGAUAAUCGGAGAUUCCAAGGCUCAUCAUCAACCCUCGUUCGUGAGGUCGAUCUCGUUGCCGUAUUGCGGCAGCGAGACGGAGAGCGAACUUUACGCGCCGUAUACCUUCUACACUGGCGACGAGGGCGCUGAGGAGGACCAGGAUUGGAAGAACACGGAUGACGAGCUGAGGAUGGGCCGCUUGAGGCAACGCCGGGGGCGCACUAUCGUUCAUCGAAGCCUCGAGGAUAAUUACGGCGCGGUGGUUGUGGCGAACCACGAAGCGCUCGCCCAAUUUCUUGAACAGGAAAAUCAAACUGUCCAGUUUCCUUCAAAUUUGCGUGCCCUCAAGAACGCGAAUCCCCGAUUGAAGCACUUUAACGUCGAUACUUUGUCGUCGGUCUCCAUCGGUAGAAGAAUAUUUUGUCCUGCUACGUGGAAUGAUCAAAAUGUUACACUUUGCAUAGCAUUUGAUUUAGCUAUGCCUAUGCCACAGAAGGAUUUUUAUUUAACGCCUAUAAUAGAAUUUGUAGAUAAAGUGCCGAAGGAGAUAAUCGAAAAGGUUCAGCCUUCCGAGAACGAGGAUGUCGAAGCUACAAUAUCAAUUCUUCCGUGCCUGAAUGUCACUACGAUACAAUCAUUUGGAGCGACGUCGAAGGAUAUAAACGGCGAGGGCGCGAGCAGAGAGGCAUCGUUCGUCUUUCUUCAACUGGUCAACGCUCUGAAGAGUCUUCAAGCACGCGGGAUCGAGGAUGCCAGCAAGUCUCUAAGCGACGUUGUGCUCUGCAGAGAGGAUGUUUAUUAUCGACUGUACCUACUACAAGGGAGGUUAAACAUAGACCCGAGCGACGAGUCCAGCGAGGAACGGGUCUCUUUGUGCGAAUGCGCUCUAAUAGCACUGCAACAGUUGCAUCUGACGGACGAACUACCUCUCAUACAAGAUUUACUAAUACGCGAGAAAGCGGUUACACUCUCGCAGGUGAAAUCUGUGCUGGAAUUCUCAUUGUGGGGCCCGGCCGAUGUGCCACUUGGUGGUCCACGGGAAAGAGAAGUGGCGCUUCAGAGAUGGCUCGACCUCGAACGGGCGAACGUUCUUCACGCUCUCAUCAAGACGAAGGCAGCGCUGACCGUUAUAGACGAAUAUCAAUUAUUAUUCUUGGUACGAACCUCUGCUAAAAUUAUGAGCGAGGCAUCGAUGCUUCUUGAGGAGCAACGUAAGCGCUUGACGCAAAGAUGCUGAUAUAUUCUGCAUCGUUCAUGACGAUUUGUAUAAAUAUUCGGAAACUAAUAUUUAUCGGUAAGCAGAAAAAAGAUAUCAAAAUGCAAAGGUAAUUUGUAACCAGUGUGCAAUACAAUAACAUAACACAGCUUUUGAUUAAUUAAUUACAAUUAAUUUAUGU